AUUUUAUUCUGAAAAAGAAUCUUAGUCGAAAAAAUCGCACAUUAACAUUUCGAUGCCAUUAAAUUGGUCGCAUUUAUUUUGUAUGUGUAUGUUGAUGUAGGAGGCAGCAAACAAUGGCAGCAGUUUCGGAUGAUGAGGUUAUUAAGAAGCGACUGCUGAUAGAUGGUGAUGCUGGGAAUGAUGAAAAACGCUUGACCAACUUCCUCAGAACUUUCAUUAAAUGGUGUAGCAGCGAUGAGACACCAGACGAAAGUCACCUGACAGUGCAGCGAAUGCUGGCGACGCUGGCCCAGAGUGACCACUCCAUCCAAAAGUCAGCCCAGGUCUACAAGAUGAACCUGCUUGAACAGGAGAAAUAUGAACUGCUAAACAAGCAAAUCAAAAAUCAGAUUGAAGAAGCUGAGAAGAAAAUAUUGGAGAGCAAAAAAGAGCUUGCAGAAGCCAAGCAAAUACGCAAAAACAGACAAGAGUAUGACACAAUGGCCAAGAAGAUCCAGGAACAGCCAGACAGACAAGGGACUACCAAGAAACUGGAGUUUGUCGCUGAAGAGCUGGCUUCAUUGGAGGAAACCAAGACAAAACUCGACCUCAAGCUUGAUCUCAGAAGGAAGCAGUUUCAUGUUCUUAUCUCUGCCAUCCAUGAGCUCCAGAUACUGUUGGAAGAGGAUGAGGAGCUGAGGACGGGCUCAGAAGAAAGAGAGAGAAGUCAGAGGGAUGAUAUGGACACUACAUGAGCCUCCACUCCCACGGCAGGGAUGGGGGGCAGUGUUGAGCAAUUCAUUUACGACAUGAGACAGUUAACAAAGAGGGGACAUUAUUGGCCAAUCUACAAGUGUUAGAAAAGGAGAGUUAACUUACAAUGGAUAAUACUGCACUCUUUGCCUUCAGGAUAAUGGCAACUAAAAAUUAUUACUGUUCAUUGUUGGACUUAUGGAGUGUUUAAAGAUUGAGAGAUGUCUUUUGAAUGUACCAUCUUGUUUAUUGUUUGAACUGUUAUUCAUUUUGUCAUUACAUUGAAUCAUUUUGUGGCACAUAUGUCAAAAUAAAAUAUAACAAAAUG